AUGAUUAAAUUAGAAUCCAAACUAAAAAGCGCACAUAUUUGUCUAGCCACAGAAAUCAAGCAAGAAUUUCGUGACGUUAUAAAGAAUUUAGAAGGUGAUUUCAAGCAAAUAACUGAAUCCUUAACACAAGAAGUAUGUAACUUAAAGCUUGAGGUCAAUACCCUUAGUGAAAAAGUGCAGGCACUCGAGAAUGAAAACAUGUGCAUCCACAAAGAAAUUGAAUCUCGUCAAACUGCUCAAACAAAUGCACACUUGGAGAGUAUUAUUACGGAGUUACAGCAGCAAAUAACCUACAAAGAUCAAGAAGCCCUGCUAAAUGAUGUCGAAAUAGUCGGAAUACCAGAAUUUUCAGGCGAAUCAACAAUGCAUAUUGUGUUGACCGUUGCCUCUAAACUCGGAGUAUCUCUAACGGAACAAGACAUAGUUUACGCUGAGCGCGUCGGUCGCCGUUUAAAUUGGCUGCAUAAGGAUACGCGAAUAGGUAACCAAAACAACAAAUCAUUAUCUAUUAGUGCGCGCCCCUUGGCUGUAAGAUUGACGCGUCGUACAUUACGCGAUCACUUAUUAAAAAAAUGCUCGAGUGCGCCGUACGCUUCCUACUGGAGACCUAGGACUACCACCUCACGAAUCAACUACUUUUUAUGUUAA